AUGCACAACGCCGUAGGCGACCGUAUCAACCUCAUCAGCAAGAGUGAGAUUCGCUAUGAGGGUCACUUGCACUCGAUCAACACCGAUGAGAACACUGUGAGCCUGUCCAAUGUGCGUAUCUACGGUACCGAGGGCCGCAAGGGCGGCGGUGUGGACGAAGUGCCAUCGACGGAGCAGCUGUUUGAGUUUAUCGUGUUCCGCGGUUCCGAUAUUAAAGACCUGACGGUCUUCCGCGACGGCGGCUCCCCACAAGCACGGGAUCCUGCUAUUGUGGAGGUGCAUGCCCCGAGCCGCGGUCGUGGCGGACGCGCUGCAGCCGCAGCCGCGCCUGCUGGAGCGUCGGGAGCGACGAGCAGCGCUGCCGCUCGUGGCAGCCGAUCCUUCUACGACGAGCAUUCAUCGUACAGUCGCGGUGGCGGUGGCGCGCGUCGUGGUGGCUACGGCGCCGGCCGCUACAGUCACAAUAACGGCGGUGGCAACAGCAGCGGCAACCGCAAUCACCGCGGCGGCUACGGCGGUCGCGGAGGCUCAGGCAGUUACCGUCGCAAUUACCGCGACUGCCACACUGGGCAGGACUUCAAGCCCUCCGAUAUCGGCGCUACUGAGAAGUUCGAGGGCGAUUUUGAUUUCGCCAAGUGCCGCGAGGAAUUUGAGAAGAAGAAAAGCGAGUUCGAAAAGGCCAAGGAGGAUGCAAAGACCCACGCCAAGGCCUACGACAAGAGCAGUUUCUUUGACACCAUCUCGUGUGACCAGAAGGAGAAGAACAAUAUGAACCGUGCCGAGAUGCGUAAGGCGGACACCGAGACCUUCGGUUCAGAGAUGGUGAGCAGCAUGCGCGGCUUCCGUCGCGGCCGCGGCGGUCGUGGACGCUACCAGCAGCGUUGA